AUGCUGGAAUUGCUAAUCCACCGCGGCCCCAAGACCGAGUUAAUCGAGUCUCCCAUUCCCACGCCCAACGAUGACCAAGUUGUUAUCAAAGUGAUGGUGUCUGGGAGCAAUCCCAAGGAUUGGAAGAGACCCGAAUGGUUUGACGUGCACAUCAACCAAGGCGACGAUAUCUCGGGGAUUGUGCAUUGUACGGGCAAGAAUGUAACUGAAUUCAAGCCUGGGGACCGGGUUGCUGCCUUUCAUGAGAUUAUGACGCCUGGAGGGAGUUAUGCGGAGUACGCUCUUGCUUGGGCAUCGACGACGUUUCACAUCCCGAACCAUACGUCUUUUGAGGAAGCUGCAACUAUCCCGCUUGCCGCAAUGACGGCCGCAGUGGGCCUGUUCUCGCGACUAGAAUUACCAGAUCCGUGGAAAGACAGUCCAAAAGAAACGCCAGUUCUGAUCUAUGGUGGUGCCACAGCUGUCGGGUCAUUCGCCCUGAAACUGGCUGUGAAGGCAAACAUCCACCCGUUAAUCGUCAUUGCAGGAGCAGGAGCCGCACAUGUUGAGUCUCUUAUCGACCGCUCCAAGGGAGAUGUGAUCAUCGAUUACCGCCAGGAGCCAGAUACACUAGUGGAGAGCAUUCAAGUAGCACUCAAAUCACGCGGGUAUACUAAGCUCUAUCAUGCUUUUGAUACCGUUUGCGGACACGGAAGUGCCUCCAACAUCCUUCGUGUGGUCCACCCAGAGGGAAAAGCAGCAUUCGUGUUGCCAGUUGACGGCCAACUAUCGUCUCCGCCGCCAUCCACUCUUCGCAUCUCGGAGACGGGUGUUCGCAGUGUGCAUGGACAACCAGGCGGACGGGCCGGUGACCCUGAUCUCGGGUUUGUGUACUUCCGAUACUUCAGUCGGGGACUAGCACAGAAAUGGUUCCGGGGUCAUCCCUAUCAGGUCCGAGAGAACGGGUUGGAUGGAGUCAGAGAUGCCUUGGCAGACUUGAAGGCAGGCAAGGCGAGUGCCGUGAAAUAUGUUUUCCGGAUUGCAGAUACGCCGGCAUUGAAAAGGGCAAAUACAGUGGGCGAGUAG